CUCCUAGUUAAAAGUUGGCGUUUGAAAUGCGAAUAACUCACAUAGACCGUAUUUGGCACUGAGAAGAAGCAGCGCUCGACACUUAAUUCGACGUUAAAUUCCAAAGACGAAAAAUCAAGCGAUUUAACUCUCAAGUUUCCGUUGCGUGUGCAUUUCAAACAUUGUGAAUAAUCGUCCGUGAUCCGUUUUUGCAAUGGCAUCAUCAAGAUAUACACAUGCGAUUGUGUGUCGGAUACCGUUGUCGUUUCGUACGCGCGGCGAAAUUGAUUUGGAAGAAGCAAAACGUGAACAUGAAGCAUAUGUAAAUUUAUUACGUGAAUUGGGUUUGGACGUUAUCGAAUUGCCGCCGGAUGAGAAUUUUCCCGAAUGCACAUUUGUCGAAGACACAGCGGUCAUAUGCAAUGGCAUUGCAUUGAUUACAAAACCGGGCCAACCAAAUCGUUCCAAAGAAACGGAAAAUAUUCGAACAGUUUUCAAAAAAGAAUUAGAUAUUCCAAUUGUUGAAAUUGCUGAUCCAAAAGCCAAAUUAGACGGCGGCGAUGUUUUAUUUACGGGAAAAGAGUUUUUUGUCGGUUUAUCGCCAUGGACAAAUGAGGCGGGUGCCAAAGCGGUAGCGGCCGCAUUUCCCGAAUAUCCAUGCGUUCCGAUUAAAGUUACCGAAGAACAUCAUCUCAAGUAUUAUAUUUCGAUGGCCGGUACGGAUCUAUUAUGCGUUGCCAAUACGAAAGAAUCGCAAGAAAUUUUACGACGCAUCGAACGCGAAGCAACUUUUUCAUACCAAACGCUCACAUUGUCCGAAGCAAGUGCGGCCAAUGUGCUAUUUAUCAAUGGCACAUUAAUACAUCGGGCCGUACAAGAUUGUCCCAUUUCGUCGGCGGUCAUUUCGGAAAAAAUCGACGUUCCACGUCAAACGUUGCAAUUUUCAGAAUUAGGCAAAUACUCAACUGGACUUACUGCAUGCUCAGUUCUGCUGCGACGCACCAAAUAUAUUCGAAAUCUUUAAGAGUAACAAAAUAGUUCAACAAAAUCUUCCACAUUUUGGAGUGUGUAUUUUUUGAUUUGGACGGAAGAUUGUUAUCUUUCAAUGAAAUCGCGUUCAAAAGCACCAAAGAGAUUUUUUUUUUCGUUUCUAUGAUAUAG